AUGGGUCAAGAAAAUAUCUCAAGAGUGACUGAAUUUGUGUUGCACGGUUUCUCAGGUCCUCCAGAGCUACAACUUUUCUUCUUUGUAUUCUUCACACUUCUCUAUUUAUCCAUUGUGCUGGGAAACGUCCUCAUUGUGUUUACAGUCAUCUCGGAAUCUGCACUACACACACCCAUGUAUUUUCUGCUCAGCAACCUCUCCUUCCUUGAUGUCUGCCUGUCUACCUUCGCCACACCCAAAAUGAUCUUUGACUUUUUCACAGACCACAAGACCAUCUCCUUUGAGGGCUGCAUGGCCCAGAUAUUUGUUAUGCAUGUCUUUGCUGGUGGUGAAAUGAUGCUUCUUGUGGCCAUGGCAUAUGACAGGUAUGUAGCCAUAUGUCGACCUCUGCACUACGCAACCAUCAUGAGUAUACACAAGUGCACAGGUCUUGUGGUGGGCUCUUGGCUCAUUGGCAUCCUACACUCAAUAAGUCAGUUGGUCUUCAUAGUAAACCUUCCCUACUGUGGUCCAAAUACAGUGGAGAACUUUUUUUGUGACCUUCCCUUGGUUAUUAAACUUGCGUGCACUGAUACUUACAUCCUUGAGAUCCUAAUGGUAUCAGACAGUGAUAUAAUGGCUAUGAGCUCCUUUGUGCUCCUGCUUAUCUCCUACAUGGUCAUUCUGGUUACUGUGAGACGACAAUCAUCAGCAGGCGUGGCCAAGGCCCUGGCCACCCUCACUGCUCAUGUCACUGUGGUGACCCUCUUCUUUGGACCUUGUAUCUUCAUUUAUGCUUUACCAUUCAGCAACUUACUACUGAAUAAGGUUCUCUCAAUAUUCUAUACUGUUUUCACUCCUCUCUUAAACCCCUUGAUCUACACUUUAAGGAAUAAGGAGGUAAUAUUGGCUAUGCAGAAACUGAGGAAGCAAUGUAGGAUUUCCUAA